GCGCACUCGGCUCGCCACUCGUCGCACGGUGCUGAGGCGACCACCUCCGCCCCCACCCCCUCAGGUCGCCAUGGAGCCAUUCGUGAAGUUCACGGCGCAGAGUCCGGCCAAGGAGAAGAUCUAUCGGACAGCGCAGUACACCUGCACGCUGCUCCACCACCUGGCGGGCACGGCUGGGCUCAGUGGCGACGUGGCAGCCCUCCUCAAGCAGCUGGAGACUCACCUGAGCAUGGGCAGGAAGAUGCUGCGCUUGGGUCAGUCGGCAGACUGCGUGGUGGCUGCCCGGAGGACUGUGCACUUGUCCGACCCCGUGCUGCGUCUGUGUCUGACGGUCGCACAGCUGAACCGUGGCCUCUACCUCGCCUGCGACAACUUGCUCUGGGCUGGAAAGUUGGGGCUGAUCGCCAAGCUCGACUCGGACAAGUGGAGCAAGCGGGCGUUCCGCUUCUACCUGCUGGUGCUGCUCAUGGGCCUGGCGCGCGACGCCUACGAGGUGGCGCUGCUGGUGGACAGGGAGGCACGGGCGCGGGGGAAGCGAGGGGGCCGGGCCGGCGGCGCCGUGGCCGAGUGGGCCAACGGAGAGGAGUACUCCCAGGGGAGCGGGGACCCGGCACGGCUUGGCACGCGGGUGCGUGGGUGCUGCGCGCUGACGUGCCACGUCAUGCGGACGAACCACGCGGUGCUGCUGGACCUGGUGAAGAACCUGUGCGACCUCGUCAUCCCGCUGGACCGCCUGGGCCUGCGUCGAUCGUCGCCCGGCGUCGUGGGCCUGUGCGGGGUUAUCUCCUCCGUGCUUGGAAUCCUCCAGAUCACGCACCCCUGGCUCAAGCUCAAGCCCUGAGCCCGUCGGCUACGCCACCCCGGGGGAAGCUCGUAUACGCCUCUUUUAUUUUCAUUGCACAUCAGAGCCGCGUCAGCUUGUUUUUUCCACCACAGAAGUUGAGCCGUGCCAACAACGUAACACGCUGUGAAUGCAGGCGCACGUCGAAAACGCGGUGAUGCUUUGUCCUCGGGUGUAUUAACUGAAGUCGCAUUUGGUGAAUGCGUCAUUAGCACCACCCCUGGUAGGAGUUGGUCUCCAGCCAGAUUAAGGAUCCCGUUUGAGGCCAGCGUAUCACGGUUUGGUUUCCGUUCAACGUGGGAAAUAUCCAGUGGGCACCGCCCAGAGCCCUGCUCCGGCUCCUAAUGUGCCAAUGGAUAAGGGGGGGGGGGGUACUCUACCAAAAACAAUACUGUAACACCAUCGAUUCUUUGCUGCUCCGAUUGUCAGAAUUCAUUUCCAAGGGAGGAAAAAAAACUACGGGUUUUGCUAAUUUCGCUUUCAUGAUUUUGGUGGAAUCCAAUGUGUUCAAUGACAAAUUUGGCGCGCGCAAGUUUGGUGUUUUAAAAGCGCGCGGCAAUUCCCUGGCGCCGAAUUUUACUUUGGCCUGCGGUCGAGAUUGACGGUAGAGGGGACGCCGACUGUAAAGAUGAACCAAUGAAAUUGCCCGAUGUGUGGAGCCCUUCAAUCCGUCAGUGGAUUGAUCAUGGAUGGUGACGACUCGUCUCACAUUUAGUGACCAUAUAGAUAACAUUUUAAAAAGUUGCACUUACGAAAAUUAACAGACAAUCGUGACCUAAACUCCAUAGCUGCCCACAAAGUUAUAUUUGGGAGUUUUUGUUCGUUAUAAAGAACGAUUAAUACAAGUAGGAACAGUUCCACACUGCCCACCAGGGAUUAUUUGUCUGUCGUGCACAGCCAUGCCCUCGAUUUGUAUUUCAUAGGGCGCUUCGGGCGGGCUCAGCACCACGUGACGCACCGCCCCACGUAGCUUGCGCGGCGUGACACGGAUCGCACGAUUGCGCUGUCCAGCCAAGUUCCUACCUGCCCACUCCGAAGGAACGUGUUGACUGCAUACUUCACACUUGAUAACAUCACGUUCAAGCGUUCCGAAUGGAACUCCACCUACGAAUGGUUGACAAACUACACACGACGCUUGCAGCAACAGUUUGACUUGACAAGAAGCAAUAAUGGACAGUUAAGCCAUUUCCGUAUAUCCUUUUCGUAAUUUGAACAGAGUGCAUUUCGCAAAGGAACAUUCAUUUUGCUUUGUGUAUUAAUGCAAAAUUGCUUUCUCUAUAACUGUAGUGCAUUUAUUUGCGUGGGUAAGCGCUGUUCGACUUGGAUGCGAUGAACCCGGAACGGUUGUAAAAUUACAAGCAACACUUUGGAUAACAUUUUGCAGCGGUUUAAUUUGCAACAUCAGUGUAAAUAACUUUUGAUAAACACAUGUACAAUUGAACAGCUUCAAUGCACGUUUUGUAUAUAAGAAUGCAACCCCCGUCAACACGAUGUGAAGAACGAGCUCACUGAAAUUUGGGGCGAAAAUGUAAAAUUCUGACACAUUUGAAUGUUUGGUGUAAAUUGAUUUGAAAGCACGUUCGGUAACUACAUUUGGAGCAGUACAUUGGAUGUUCGGGUUCUUGAAUGCUCAAGUGGCUUUUGAUAAAAUUAAACAUCGAGUUGUAAUGCCUAAUCUUACGUGAACAAUAAUCCUGUUCAAAAUUGAAUGGAUUUAAUAAAAAAUAUAUAUCUUACUACCUUCUCAA